AUGAGACUCUGUUUAUACUUUAACUGUUUCAUCAUCUUCCUCUUUGUCUUCUGCAGAGAAGUUCUAAGUGACAGUGAUGACCGGUAUCUCAAAGACGAGUACUAUGCGCUCAUCGCACUUAAGCAAGCUUUCAGCAACCCGCCUUUCGCUGCCAAUUGGUCUGGUGAGCAGUGCUCUGUUAACAGUUCUUCAUGGUUAGGCCUCCAGUGCAUCAACAAUCGUGUCGUCUCCAUCUCUCUUUCCGGUCUAGGCCUCUCUGGCCUGAUCGGAGACCCGCUUAUCCUUGCCAACCUCACCGAGCUCACUCUCCUCAGUCUCAAGAACAACUCCAUCUACGGCGCCAUGAUGAACUUCUCUUACAACCAGAAACUCACCAUCAUUGACCUUUCCCUGAACUCAUUCACUGGUCCCAUCUCAACCUCACUAACAACUCUCAAUGUCCUGCAAUCACUACAUCUCAACAGGAACCAGUUCAAUGGAUCAAUCCCUCCCUUAAACCAAUCAACACUGAAAUCAUUUGAUGUCUCCUUCAACAGCCUCUCCGGCGAGAUCCCUUCCACCGUCACUCUCCGAUCAUUCGGUCCCAGAGCCUAUUUUGGCAACCCAGGUUUAUGCGGUGUACCAACCUUCAAAACCUGUGUGAUUUCUGAAGAGAAACACAAUAAGAUCAAAGAGUUCUUGCUAAAACCAUCACUCAUCUCCAUUUUGAUUAUUCUUGACAUCAUUCUGCUUCUUGUUCAAGCAUACAGCCUCUAUGUCUUCUACAAGAAAUCCCACAACAAAGAUCAGAGGCAGAAGAUCAAUGACAAUCCCAAAACUACUACUACUGCUGCUACUACUAGUACUACUACAAAUACAUCUUCUUUUUACACUGACAUGAUGAUGCAUGUUGAUAGACAAAUGAAGGUGACACUCAUGAAUGGAUCAGAAGGUGAAAGUCUAGACUUGAAAGAACUAUUACAGUCUCCGGCCGAAGGGCUCGGAAAAGGGAACUUUGGAAGCUGUUACAAGACGACGAUGGAUUCCGGCAGUUUGCUACCAAUGGCAACCUCUUCAACCGUCUUCAUGGUAAAUGCAUUACAUACAUAUAAUAAUCUCCAUUCUUCAACCAAAUAUAUUAAACUGCAUUACCUAACAUUAACAUCAUACUAUCAAUAUGAUAUAUUAGGAGGAAGAGGAGGAAACAGAAGAGCAUUUCAAUGGAACACAAGGUUAGAAGUGGCCAAAGGUGUUGCUAAAGCAAUGGCAUACUUACACAAGAUGACUACUACCAAUGAUAAUAAUAAUCUUAAUGAUACUAACUUCAUCAUUCCACAUGGAAACUUGAAAGCUUCCAACGUUCUGCUUGACGACAAUGACACUCCAUUGCUCACUGACUAUGCUCUUACUCCACUCUUCCCGCCACCUCUCGCCGCCAACUUCAUGCUGGCUUAUAAGUCACCGGAGCACCUUCGGUGGAGAAAAGUUUCCAACAAGUCUGAUGUGUGGAGUUAUGGUUGUCUUCUUGUGGAGCUUAUCACCGGAAAGUUUCCGAAGUAUUCCUCACCGGAGGGAGGGAAUGGGGUGGACUUGGGGAACUGGAUUCAUAAAGCAGUUAGAGAAGAGUGGACUAAUGAAGUGUUUGAUAUGGAGAUUAGUGGGAAGAGGAAGGCUGAUAAAGGGAUGUAUAUGUUGUUGCAAAUUGCUCUUCGGUGUUGUGAGAAGUCGCCGGAGAAAAGGCCGGAGAUGGAGGAGGUGGUGGAGGAGGUGGUGGCUAUCAAGCCAUGCAUGGCUGAAGAGGAUGAGGAUGAGGAUGAAGUUGAAGCUGAGUCUACUAGUACUUCCAACUAGCUUUGCUUCUUCUUCUUCUUCUUCUUCU